CACCCAGCUGAUUACAAACGUCAAUGGAAAUAAACAAAAAUAUUUGUGGCAACGAAAUUAAAAACUUUUUCAUAUUUUUUCCCGAUUUGUGUAUAUUUUUAAAUAAAAUUAGUAAAAUUGUGGUGGUGGUGUUAGAAAAAUGGGUUUCCCACGCAUCUUAAGUAAAAAUAACAAAAUUUAUACAAAAUUGGGGGAAUUUUGUUUGUCGGGUGAUGCUGGCUUCUGGAUUAUUUGCCAAGUGUGCCAAGAAGAGUUACAAACACAAGACCAAUUUUGGAAGCACAUACAAGAUGAGCACAACUUCAUGCACGGCUUGGGUUUUACAAAGCAAGAACCAGCACGCAAUUACAUAGAGACCGAGGCGACAGCAGCGCACCUUAUGCCUUUGCCAUUAUACCGUAAAGUGAAUGAAGAAGAGCUACGCGCUAGUGGUGCACUUGAUCAUGGUGAUAAUUCACAGGAAAAACAAGAGCCAAAGGACUAUACAGAAAUGCGCGCCAUUGAACCAAAUGCAGUAGAAAUGGAUAUAAAAGUAGAGCCGCCUAGUAUAAGACAUACGCUAACAUUAGCUCCGCCGCCACCACCUACACAAAACGUACACAGCGGAGGUGGUACUGGUGCGGGUGGCGGCGGCGGCGGCGGCGUCAGCGUCGCGCAUCAAACUGUUGAUGUGAGCACAGCCGCACCCGCCUUAUACCAACUGCCACAGGGGACACCAGUGAGUUCAUAUGCUACCACUAUCGUACAUAAUGCACCAACGUUGCCACCCUCAAUGGGUAUGCCGACCGCUGUGGCGGCAGCGGCGUUAAUGUCGCACGAAAUGCCAAAAGAAUCGAAUAGUAAUACGGCGAGUGCUAGCAGUGCCGUCUCCUCGGAGGAUGGUGAACGCUGGUACAUAUGCGACUACGAGACCUGCGGCCUAAAGUUCAAAUAUCAGUCACGGUUAGAAUUGCAUCGUGCAGUGCACAGCAAGGAGCGACGUUUUGCGUGUGAACUAUGCGGCGCCUCGUUCAAGCAAUCGUGCAAUCUGUCAACACAUCGCAAAAAAAAGCACUUUCUAAAAGGUUCCAAAGGACUAGUGCCGCAGCGAUUUUAAAACAACAAACCCAACCAUACAAAUUAUAGAUUAGGAGUAUUCACACCGAGCACGUUGCUGCGUCACUUGACAGUUUUACGAAUAUUUUGUUACUGUGAAUGCAAAUUUGAACGUUACAGGGGAAAAUAACAGUCAACUUUUUGACAAUUGGUAUUUAAUGGUCAAGCGGGAAGUUUGAGUAUACAAUAACAAAAAGUAAGGGGGAAAAAAGUGAGUAAGUAAUGUUUGUAGUCAAACAUUUGUGGGACUCAUGGUGAAAAGAUUUUUAGUAUCAUUUUUGUGUGCGAUUGGUUAGUGAAUCGUGAAAUCCACUGUUAGGUGAAUUUUGUAUAAUUAAGCGAGAUAUACAAAUUUAUUUACUUUUAGUUAAAGCAACUUGUCCCUUAGUGCUUUUUAUUAAUUGAUUAAUCAUUUUUUUCUUUUCGCUACAUUUCGGCGUUUUUAAAUUUUGUUUGAAAUUUUACUUGUCUAUAAAGAAAAUUAUAUGAAUCAGUUGGUGCGAAAGCGCAAACGCACAGAAAUAAGUCGAAAACUUAUUCGCCGAACUACCAACUAACAAGCAGGCAAAGUAACGCAAUUGGUGUGAGUAUUCCGAUUGAUUAUAUAAUUUUAAUUCUGUUUAGUUACUUCUACACAUAUUUUCUGCGUCACUUGCAAAUAGUUGCAAUAUUAUUUUUUAGUAACAAUAACAACUAGUGUAGUUUUUAAGGGAAAUUAGUGUUGUUUAAGUAAGGAAAAAAAGUGAAGUUAAAAAAAUAUAUUAUAAUAUUAUUUUCCUUAACAUUUUGUGCAAGUUCAAGUUUAGUGAUAAGAAAAAU